GCACCAUAAAGCGAAUGGUCAAAGAAAGAAAAACGGCAACCAUCCAAACUAUGCUAGAUGAGCUAGAAAUGGAAAUGGUACCAUUCUCCAGGCACCUGUUUAACGCCAGUUGGCAGUGGCAACAAUACGACAUCAUUUCCAAGAACGUCCCACCUAACUGGGUGGUGUUUUGCAUGGACUUUGGGGAGAACUAUUCGUGCAAAUCACAAGAUGAGGCCCAGGGGGCUCACUGGUCUAAUGUUCAGGCAACAAUACACCCAGUUGUAGCAUCAUACAGAUGUACUGAAGAAGGCUGCACAAGAACUGUCACAGACUCGAUGAUGUUCAUUAGCAAUGACACAAAGCACUGCAACCACGGUGUGCAGCAUUUCAGUAAGACGGCUAUUAAGCAGCUUCAGGAAAAAGGCGUCAAAGUUGAAAAACUUGUUCACUUCACAGAUGGUGCAUCAUCACAGUACAAAAGCAAAAUUAACUUCAGCGAUGUAUCACUUUCCAUCUCUUAUUUUGGUUUUCAAACCGAAAAACAUUACUUUGGAAGCAGACAUGGCAAGGGUCCAUGUGACCGUGAGAUUGGAGUGCUGAAGAAGCAGGCCAAUAUAAAUGUAGCUGCACGACAGGCCGAGAUAGCCAAUGCAUUUGACCUGUACAACUUUGGAAAGGAAAACUUGACACGACCAAGCAUACCUGGCGAGCAUGUCCAUGAAAAGAGGAGCUUUAUAUUUGUGCAAGAGGGCAAAAUUAAUCGUAACAGACCAGACCAUACAGAUGUAGAAACACUCAAAGGAACACAACGGCUACACUGUGUAACGGGUACAGACAAGCCCUAUGUUGUUGCAUACAGGGAGCGAAGCUACUUUUGCCACACCUGCAUGACAAGAAUCGGGAAAUGCAGCAAUGAGGAUAUAACUGGCACAUGGAACAUUUCAAACUUGAAGGGAGUGAAAGGGAAGACCAGAACAGAUGACCUUGCUGCCAAUAUUAACAGAAGUCGGAACAGGAAGAAAGAUGCAGUGGUUGGAUCAGAUGAUGUGGACCUUCCUGAAAAUGCCAGCAGUUUCAGCAGUCAGAACGCGACAAAGGACAUGACUGAAUCGGAUGAUGUGGCCCUUCCUAACAACCCCAGCAGAAGCCAGAACGGAGAAAAAGAUAGUGGUUGGAUCCGAUGAUGUGGACCUUCCUGAAAAUGCCAGCAGGACCCAACAAGAACCUGUCAAUCGCCAGCUCACCGCAGGGGAUAUAGUUAUAGUCGCAUUUGAGCAGGCAUGGUAUCCAGGUGCCAUCAAGCACAUCAUUAGUGAUGAACUGGCAGUUACAUGUAUAUACUGCAUGGAUCGUCCAAAUAAAAAUAAGCAAAGUUUUGUUUGGGAAAAAGAUCUAACUGUUAACAGGAAAUUCAUUCUAUGUGUUAUUAAUCCAAGCUCACUCAUUCCAGAUCCAUCUUUGCGUUACUUUCUCUUGAACAGCAAAGAAGUAGGUAAAAUUAAUGCACUAUACACUGUUUAUGCCAGUAAGUAUUUGUAAAUUUUUAGUGUCAAAGGUUGUAUUGUCAAAGUAUGUCAUCAGAGGUUUGUCAAAGGUCUGUAGUCAAAAGUUUAUCAGGUUUUCAGCAAAAGUAAGUCACCAUGGUGGCAUGAACUAAAUAAAUUAAAUGAAAUUCAUUUAAUGAAAUGUGCCAUGUUCUUCAGUGGGAUCGUCAGUUUAAAGUCUCCACAAUAAAAUACGUAAUUUAAGAAACGAGAUAAGAAUGAAAAAAAACAACUCAUUGACUCAAUUCACUCGUUGCUCAGCAUCAAUAUAAUGUUGGAAAUGAUUCACAUUUAAAUAUUAAAGUUACAUUUAUGUAAUUAAUUUCAUGAUGUCAAAGAUUUCAACUUCUGAUGUCAAAGAUUUCAACUUCUGUGAAGUACAUGUGCAACCUUGUUGCAUGCUCAAAGAAGGAUGAAGUGGCUUAUCAAUAUGUAGAUACAUGGAGAUGCUCCCUAGAAAUGAAAAUACUAACAACUGCACAUAGUAACAUAGGCAAUUUUCUGAAGGUGAAGGCUCCAGUAAAGCAAGUACAUGUAAUAAUAAACUUGUCACACGAAAUGUUUGAUUUGAAA